CUGACAUCUGCGGCUAUGGAGCGUCCUCACUUCCCGCUGGCGAUGGGCCUGGCCCUGCUCGCACUCUGCCUCCUGACUCUGUCCCCGGACGCCCGCGCCGAGCUGCGAAGCCGCAGGAUCGGAGAACGCCAAAACCUGUCUCCCAACGAUCCCCGGGUGCAGAGGGCCGCGCAGGUCGCUGUGAGCACCUACAAUAUGGGCAGCAACAGCCUUUACUACUUCCGAGACACCAAAAUCGUCGAUGCAGCGUAUCAGCUGGUGGCUGGCCUCAAGUACUAUCUGACUAUGGACUUAGAGAGCACAGAGUGCAGAAAGACCAGAGUCUCUGGAGAUCACAUGGACCUCACCACCUGCCCUCUGGCCGCAGGAGUGCAGCAAGAGAAGCUGCGCUGCAACUUUGAGCUCCUUGAAGUCCCCUGGAAGAACACCACUCAGCUUCUGAAGCAUGACUGUAAGGUGGUGUAAUCUGUCCCAGGGGACAGUGAUGAGAUCCCAUGGGAACCAGCACGGUGGUGGAGGGACCUCAGGGCC